AUGAGUAAAGAACGGAAGAUUGCACUGGUUGGCGCGCGAGCCGUGGGAAAGUCUUCUCUGGCUGUCCAGUUUGCUGAAGAGUCCUUUAGUGACCAUUACUUUCCGACGAUAGAGAAUCAGUUGAAGAAGCAGGUCAAAUACAAGGGAAUAGACUAUUCGCUUGAAAUUAUGGAUACUGCUGGUCAGGAUGAGUUUUCUACUUUGCAUAAUAAGUUGUUGAUUGGAGUUCACGGGUAUAUGUUGGUUUAUUCUAUAAAUUCAAGACAGUCUUUCGACAUGCUGGCUGUUGUGCGAGACAAGAUCCUUGAUGGGCUGGGAAUAAGCUCGGUGGAAGACGGGCCUCCGAUCGUUAUUGUGGGCAACAAAAGCGAUCUGGACUUUCAGAGACAGGUUACCGAGGCAGAGUUGAAACAGCUAGCAAAGAGGUUCGGCAACGUUCCGUACUUUGAGUGCUCUGCGAAAAAUAACUACAACGUUCACGAAGCCUUUGGUGCCGUGAUUGACCAGAUAGAAGACAUCAGGGAGCCCAAAGAUGAAGAAGAGACCCAGGUUAAAAGUAACGGAUGGUCCUUUGAUAACUGGUCUCAAUCGUUGCCCCUUAUCAAGCAGCAGGACGGCUCUUUUUCUCUAUCGUUCCCAUUUCCCGCAGACACCGAGAAAGUGAUUUUCAAGUUCGUUGUGGACGGCAAAUGGACCACAAGCGAAAAGUACAAAGAAGAAGCAGAUGAGUCGGGAAACAAAAACAACGUCUUGUAUGCGAAGGACGUUAUUUCUGCUCAAGCUUCCAAUUCUACACCAAUUCCUGAAGCAGGAGGCAUGGCAGUGCCAUUGGUUGGUGGCAAUGGUUCCUUGCCGAAGAGCGAGUCCGAAAUGGCCGGUUCAGAGUACAAGCCUACCGUUCUUCCUUCGUCCGAAGGUCAACAGGUGACGCUGGGAGAGCCGGGUAUCGUGGUGCCAGCCAAUCCGCACUCGAUCGAUGCUCUUUCGGAGGUGAGAGACGUUGACCCAAAGACGCUUAACGAGCCUUCUGGCUCGUCCAAGAGUGCACCAGCUGGAACCACCGCCGCCACUAAAUCUUCUGUGGCUACAAACACUCUCGACCCUGCAGCGCAGUCAAAAUUUUCGGAGACUGCUGGCUCCACUAAUGCCACAGGAGUCCCAGAAACCGACGCAGCUGCUACUUCGGGACCUGGAGUUGUUAUCCCAGAAGACCCUCAGUCGAUUUCGGCUUUCAACGAGGUUAGAGACGUGGACCCAAAGACUCUGAACGCACCUUCGGAGCCAACCACUUCCCAGACGGAAACGGCCGUUGCAGACGAGGCAACUAACCCAAGCACUCAAGACACAGCAGGUACUGCUGCGAGCGAGGCUUCUGAAGCGGGCGCCAAGAAGACCAAGUACGUCAAGAGAGUGGUUUCCAAGGUCAAGAAGGACGAAGCCGAGCAGAUUCCAGAAGGUGAAAAAGAGACUACUGCAGCUGAGACACCUGCGAAAUCUGCAUCACCUGCAAAGGCUGGACAGGCAACCGCAAGCACUCCGUCUACAAAGAAGAAGAGUGGCUUUUUUGCCAAGCUCAAAAGGGCACUCAAAUAA